GGAGGGAAGGAGGGAGGGCGAGAUAGCAAAGUGCGGGAAUGUUUUAGACGCUCGCCGGGGCCACUGAGAGCGGGAGCUGUGACAGAUGCUGCUCCCUCGCCCGGACAGAGGUGUCCAGUUGAUGUGUGGAAGUCCCCCAACGCUCCGCGGACCCCAAUGACCAGCAGCGUCUUGCCGGGCAACCUGGGCGCCGACCAGCCCGUCUUCACGCAGCUCAGGUCGGUGAGCAUGAACUCGGAGGAGCAGGCGGCGAUGUACGGGGUCAUGAGGAGUCCCGCGGCGGGGAUGUCGGCGGUCGAUGAGCUGGCCCAGACGCGGUGUGAGAUGGAGAAGUAUCUGUCACCCCAGCUGCUACCUAUCCCUGAGCUGAAGAAGUACAGACGGGACAGUGCCUCCGUGGUGGAUGAGUUCUUCCAGGAUGAAAAGCCAUCACCGUACAGCGUCAAUAUCAACAUGAUUCUGCCCGAUGUUACUUACCUCCGCACUGGUCUUUAUAAGCCACAAAGACCACCCAUGGCUCAGCCCCAUUCGGAAGAUGUUAAUGCUUUCACCCAAGCAGGCAGAACACUUAGCACCCGGGCCCUGCCGGAGUUCACUAGUGUGUUUAACACCACACAGUCUACAGAUGUCAACACUGCAUACAUUAAGCAGGAGCUACCCACUCCUGAAAUGCGUUUGCCUGCAAGCUCUCAACAAGGUCAGCUGUACCAGUUGCUGAGUUCCCCAGACUUGGUCAGCAUCCGUGGCAACACUCCUCAUACACAAGGCAACGCAUCAUGUAUGGGCAACUUUACCAAUGGUUCAAUAGCAUCAGGCAUGACUGGCAUGAACACUCUGGCAACUGGGCAUCCUCAGACGGUAUUGAAGCACUUCCAUUCUAUCUCAGCGUUUUCCAUGGCAACGCAGUUCUUCCAGCAACAGCCCACGUAUCUGCCCCCAUCACCUCCAAAUUCUGAGCCUGGGAGCCCCGACAGGCAACCAGAACUAUUGCAAACCAUGACGCCACCUCCGUCAUAUGCCGCUUCGAUUGCAUGCAAGUUGGGGUCACCCACCCACACCCUCCCAGCUAACCUGCCAGUGACGCAACAUAACAUCUCACCAGUUAAGUUCAACCGGAGAAAUAAUCCAGAGCUGGAGAAGAGAAGAAUUCAUCACUGUGACUUUCCAGGUUGCUCCAAAGUGUACACCAAAAGUUCUCAUUUAAAAGCACACCUGAGAACUCACACUGGAGAGAAACCUUACCAGUGCAGCUGGGAAGGCUGUGACUGGAGAUUUGCGCGCUCUGAUGAACUGACUCGCCACUUCCGGAAACACACUGGGGCAAAGCCCUUCCAGUGUACGGUGUGUAGCCGCAGCUUCUCGCGCUCCGAUCACUUAGCUCUGCACAUGAAACGACAUCAAAACUAGGACAUGGAUGCACCCUGAAGUGGCUCUUCUUCACGUCAAGAAGAUGUUAUUAUCCAAACAAAACUCCAGCUACUGUUUAUGUAAACCUCACUGCCGGACUAUUUUUUUCCCCUCCAAGUAAAGGAGGUUUGAAUGAAAUGCAUAACCUUGCUUUAAGUUUUGAAAACUGGAACUUUGUAUAUUUUGUACAUACUCAGUGGGACUUGGGAACUGUGUUGAAUAAGCAAGAUUAAUGAAAUUUAUAAUAGGGAUUGAUUUAUCUGAUUAUUUUAAAUUUACUGUAUGUUAAACUAAGCUCUCGUCCAUUUCAUAGACACACUUGCACUACAGUGUAGAUGCUAAUACUGUUAUUUACGACUGCCAAGUUUGCAGCAUUAAAGUUUCUCUAAUGUUUUGACCAAAGCACUGUAUGGUCUUGGCAGUGUUUAGUAAAUGGAGCUGACGACAUUGGGUAAAGAGGGCACAAUGUGGGCUUAACACAGCUAAUAUUAUCUACUGAAUACAGAAAGGGAAUUCAACCUCAAUACUUGAGGUAAUUGAACCACUUUAUGGAAGUAUAUCAGCAGGAUGUGGGUGUUGAAUUUAACUGUACAACUACAAAUGGUUGCCUUGGCUGAGUCAGCUUACCUGAGCUUAAUGAGGCAAUAACACAGAAUCAGCAUUUUUUUUGAGUGCUUUUAUGUUGCUUUCUGCGAAAACCAACUGCCUUUGAGAUUUUUGAAGAGCUGGCCUGCACUGGUCCUGCAAAGCCAUGUUCUCUUAUUCUCUUCCUCUGCCAUAUUCUUACAUGGCACUAACUGGAGGAAAAAACUUUGGGUCUUGUUUGCCAAAUUCCUGACAAUCAGGAAACUGCAUCUCUGGUUCAAAACCUCAAUUUGCAGGAGCUUUUACUUUUCAAUUCCAAGUGUGAUUAGGGAUGCAAUUACUUGUCUGACUGUUAACCCUCCAGCUUCAACAUCACUGCGAGGUGAUAAGUAGUGUAUAAAUAUGCCCAAAAAUAUCCUCUAUGUGGAUUGGAAAUUAGCAAAGCCUUAUGGAAUUGGAUUAAUUCUCAAGAGGCUGAUUUGUGAGUUUAUAGUUAUUUUAGCACUCCAUUCCACUUUAAAACUACUGCUGCAAUAAAGGUACUUAUAUUUGUGUGUGUGUGUGCGUAUAUAUAUAUAUAUAUAUUGUACAGACAGUGGCACUGACACUGAGUAGAAUGCCUCAUACUGCACUUAAAAUAGGAGAUCUAUUCUAUUGUGUUUUAUUAAAGAUUUUUUUGUAAUAAAGAACAAUUUGAC